AUGUAUAUGCGAUCGGACUACGCUAAUCGGCCCCAGGAAGAUAUGGUUCCCGCCCAAUUUUUCAUCAUGCACCAUCCCACACGCCACCUGGUGGUUAUUUUGUGGCUGGCGUCGGCCAUCGCGGCCGUCCCGAUACGCCAGGGUCAGGGUCUCCUGGCGGCGGUGCAGCGUCAGUACGAUGGGAGCCGACCCGGAACGAACGAUGCCGCCGAGUUCCUGCAGGAGCUGAGCGAAGAACGGUCGGCUGAUGCGGUAGCGGCCGCUACCGGACAGCCAGCCGUGGCUCCGGGGGCACCAGCGGAGGCGAGGGUCCAACCUCCGGCGGCACCGUCUACCGGUGAGCCGUCGGGCGCCCGGAAACACAAGAUGCUCGGCUACUUCGGCCUGUACGCACCGAGCGCGGUGCCGGCGAUGGCUUACGGUCAGCUGCCCUACGGCUACCCGCUCUACACGUCGAUGCUGGACUACUACGACGACUACUCGUCGAUGGCGGGGACGAUGUCGCUGGAUCCGAGCAUGGGCAGCAUGGGCGCCGGAUCCUAUCCGAGCCUCAACAUGCUGGCCAACAUGCAGAGCUACCCGCCCAACAUGUACGCCAACAUGCCGAACGGCUUCGGCUCGUACCCGGCGAUGGGUGGGGUGGGGUCCCAACUGUCACCCAGCCUCCAGCAACACCUUGCCAACCUUCUCCAGCAACAGCAGCAACAACAGCAACAACAGCAACAACAGCAACAAGCGACGAACCCGCAGCUGGCGGCCCAGUUGGCCGCGAGCCUGGACGCGAACGCGGCCUCCCUCGGGAGCUUCCAGAGCCUGGCGGCCAGCUUCGCGGCCGGCAGUGACAACUUCCAGCUGGACGACGAGGACAUCCUGUCGCGUCACAGCCAAGCGACGAGACGGCGCCCACCCUCCGGCCAGGUGAAGAACUCGCCCAUCUACUACAUCCGGCUGCCGCCGACGCCGUACAUGUUCGUGCCGGGCGUGGGCUACAUCUCCCAGCCCCCCACCAUCCAACCGAUGGCCGCCCCGAUCCCGCAGUACCCGCAGCUCGGGCCACCCGUCACGAUGAGUCCGUUCUAUCAGCUGCCGAUCAACUUCGUCUCGAACGGCAAACCGUCCGGCAUUUACCAGUGGAACGGUGGCCCAGGGCCAGCCGCUGCCCCCGCUCCACCACCGCAGCCCGCGUUCGCCCUGCCGUACCCCAGACCGCAGCGGCCCGCGUACGUGCCGACGCCCUUCAUCCAGGACUCGAAGGUGACGCACCUGAAGGGCCCGUUCCUGUUCAAUGGCCGGCCGGAGGAGAUCUUCCUGCUGCAGAACGCUUUCAACCCCCUGUUCCAGAGCCCCCUGGCUGGCUACUACUAG